CAGGCCUUUUGUUCUUCCUGGUGCUGAUCGAAGACCACGUUGGCGAAAAAGUGCAUUUGAUCUGUGUUCUUCAGGUUAAUUGAUAAUGUUUCUGCGAACCUGACAUUUUAGUGCGCAGGUCUAGCGUACAAUAUGCAUUCAGUCUGCGGGGAGGGCACUAGCGUGAUACUCCAAACUCCUACAUAGCUAGCACGUUCAAACCUAAAUCAUUAAAACACCGAUCUCCACGGAAACAAAACAAAAUCGCUGGAUUGUCGACAACAGGGUCUAUUUAAAACAUCGGUCUUCAGCGAAAAAUACUGCGUGUUUCCCCGUGGAAUGAGCGUUCCAUGCAGCAUCCUAGGUAUGAAUGACGUUGCCUGGCAGGAGACACGAGGUGGGAUGCUGCACACGAAUGGUGCCCCUGAGACUGGAGGGGUGAGGGUACACAGCGGAGCCUCCUUGGCCGCCGCCGUCGGUGGAGGAGGUGGCCAGGUCCCCGGAGGCACGCACCCUCUGCAGGGCAUGGACAGGGGGGCCAACCCCACCCCGGGCACACCGCAGCCACCCCUCAGCGGCCGCUCCCAGGACGACGCCACCGUCGGGUACUUCUUCCAGAGGCAGCCAGGGGAACAGCUCGGGGGCUGCGCCACCAGCAAGCACCGCUGGCCCACUGGCGAUGGCAACCACGUCGAUCAGGUGCGUGCUGUGGACGAGAUGAACUAUGAUUUCCAGGCCCUGGCUCUGGAGUCUCGUGGGAUGGGCGAGCUGCUGCCUGCUAAGAAGCUGUGGGAAUCAGAUGAGCUGCCCAAAGAUGGAAGAAAAGGGAUGCUACUGGGGGAAGAGUGGAGAGAGAACGCCUGGGGAUCCUCCCACCACUCCGUAUCACAGCCUAUUAUGGUGCAGAGGCGACCUGGCCAGGGUUUCCACGGCAACGGAGACGCCAGCUCGGUGCUGUCCCCGCGCUCGGAGGGCGGCGGCCUGGGCGUGAGCAUGGUGGAGUACGUGCUCAGCUCCUCCCCGGGCGACAAAAUGGACGGUCGCUACCGCAACGGAGGCUUCGGUGGAGGAGACGGGGACCCAGACGGCCGAGAGAAGGGGGACCCCAAAGACAAAGCGUCCCCGUUUGAGGAAGACAAGAGCGCCGAGAUGAAGGUGUGCGAGGAGGGCGACGCCUCCAAGUCCAACGGGAGAGGCCUGCUCAACGGCAUGGACCGGGACUGCAAAGACUUCAACCCCACCCCCGGUAGCCGGCAGGCGUCCCCCACUGAGGCGGUGGAGCGCAUGGGUCCGAGCCAGGCCGGGCUGGAGAUGAUGGGCCAGCACCACGCCCUCCAGGCCGCCGCUAACGCCGCCGCCGCCGCAGCAGCCGUCGCAGCAGCAGCCGCGGCAGCCGCCGCCGCCAACAAGCCCCAACAGGCGCCCGAGGACUUCCAGGGCCAGGAGCAGCAGGGGCUGGGCGGCAUGGAGCAGCAGGGGGGCGUGGAGGCGCUGCAGUUCGACUACGCCGGCAACCAGAUCCAGGUGGACUCCUCCGGCACCCCCGUGGGCCUGUUCGACUACAACUCUGGCCAGCAGCUGUUCCAGAGGUCCAAUCACCUGACUGUCCAGCAGCUGACCGCAGCCCAGCAGCAGCAGUACGCCCUGGCCGCUGCUCAACAACCACACCUCGGCCUUGCUCCAGCCUUUGUGCCAAACCCUUACAUCAUUAACGCUCCCCCUGGUGCUGACCCCUACACCGCCGCUGGGCUGGCCGCCGCCGCCACACUCGCUGGUCCUACUGUCGUGCCGCCGCAGUACUACGGAGUCCCAUGGGGUGUGUACCCAGCCAACCUCUUCCAACAACAGGCUGCUGCAGCUGCCAAUCACUCGGCUAACCAGCAGGCGUCCAAUCAAGGACAGCCUGGACAGCCACAGGUGAUGCGUGCGGGGAACAACCAGCGCCCUCUGACCCCGGGCCAAGGUGGGCAGAGCCAGCAGGAGUCUCUGGCAGCCGCGGCGGCCAACCCUGCCUUGGCCUUCACCAGCAUGCCAGGCGCCCUCGCAGGCUAUCAGGUUCUGGCUCCGGCCGCGUACUACGACCAGACCGGCGCGCUGGUGAUGGGUCCUGGCGCGCGCACGGGCCUGAGUGGACCGGUCCGGCUGGUGCAGACGCCCCUCCUGAUCAACCCCGCCGCCGCUCAGGCCGCCGCGGCAGCCUCCGCCUCUGGCUCGGGCAACAACAUGUCUGGCCCGGCCAACGGCCUGUACCGCUCCAUGGGCUGCCAGCCCCAGCAGCAGCAGCAGCAGCAACAGCAGCAGCAGCAGAUGCAGCAGCAGCAGCAGCAGUCCAGCGGCCUGCCCUCCAGCUCCUUCUACGGCUCGGGCUCCGUGGCGCCCACCUCCCAGAGCAGCUCGCUCUUCUCCCACACCUCGGCCCAGCAGCAGCCUCCCCCGCCACAGAGCUCCUCGCUGGGCUUCAGCGGCACCGGCGGCUCCCUGGGCGUGGGCCUGGGCUCGGCACUGGGCGGCUUCGGAUCUUCAGUGGGCAGCUCCAGCAGCAGCAGUGUGUCUCGCCGUGACUCCCUGCUGCCCAGCUCUGACCUGUACAAGCGCAGCGGCGGCAGCAGCCUGACCCCCAUCGGCCAGCCCUUCUACAACAGCCUGGGCUACUCGUCCUCCCCCAGCCCCAUCGGCCUGACCCCGGGACACUCCCCGCUCACCCCACCGCCCUCCCUGCCCUCCUCCCACGGAUCCUCCUCCAGCCUCCCCCUGGGCGGCCUGACUAACGGCAGCGGGCGCUACAUCUCGGCGGCGCCGGGCGCGGAGGCCAAGUACCGGAGCACGGGCGGCGGCGCCUCCAGCCUCUUCAGCUCCAGCAGCCAGCUGUUCCCGCCGUCGUCCCGGCCGCGCUACAGCCGCUCCGACGUCAUGCCGUCCGGACGCAGCCGCCUGCUGGAGGACUUCCGCAACAACCGCUUCCCCAACCUGCAGCUGCGCGACCUGCCCGGCCACAUGGUGGAGUUCUCCCAGGACCAGCACGGCUCCAGGUUCAUCCAGCAGAAGCUGGAGAGGGCCACCCCCGCGGAGAGGCAGAUGGUGUUUGGGGAGAUCCUGCAGGCUGCCUACCAGCUCAUGACUGAUGUCUUUGGCAACUAUGUCAUCCAGAAGUUCUUUGAGUUUGGCAGUGCCGAUCAGAAGCUGGCGUUGGCGACGCGUAUCCGCGGGCACGUUCUGCCCCUGGCCCUGCAGAUGUACGGCUGCCGUGUCAUCCAGAAGGCGCUCGAGUCCAUCUCCUCCGACCAGCAGGUAAUUAGUGACAUCGUGCGAGAGCUGGACGGCCACGUGCUGAAGUGUGUGAAAGACCAGAACGGAAACCACGUGGUGCAGAAGUGCAUCGAGUGUGUGCAGCCCCAAGCCCUGCAGUUCAUCAUCGACGCCUUCCAGGGACAGGUGUUUGUGCUGUCCACCCACCCAUAUGGCUGCCGGGUGAUCCAGCGCAUCCUGGAGCACUGCACCCAGGAGCAGACCCUGCCCAUCCUGGAGGAGCUGCACCAGCACUCUGAGCAGCUGGGCCAGAAGUAUCAAGGCGUUUCAUUGGAGAUGACACACAAAACAUAUCAUACAGGGUCCAGCGAUGCGCUCUUCAAGGAUCAGUAUGGGAACUACGUCAUCCAGCACGUCCUGGAGCACGGCCGGCCCGAGGACAAGAGCAAGAUUGUGGCCGAGGUGCGCGGCAAGGUGCUUGCCCUGAGCCAGCACAAGUUCGCCAGUAACGUGGUGGAGAAGUGCGUCAUCCACUCCUCCCGCGCCGAGCGGGCGCUGCUGAUCGACGAGGUGUGCUGUCAGAAGGACGGCCCCCACAGCGCCCUCUACACCAUGAUGAAGGACCAGUACGCCAACUACGUGGUGCAGAGGAUGAUCGACAUGGCCGAACCUGCCCAGCGCAAGAUCAUCAUGCAUAAGAUCCGGCCACAUAUUGCGACCCUGCGCAAGUACACGUACGGUAAGCACAUCCUGGCCAAGCUGGAGAAGUACUACAUGAAGAGUGGCUCAGACCUAGGACCGAUCGGGGGUCCCACCAACGGCCUGAUGUAGGCUCUCCCCUCCCCAUCCGUCACCCAACCCACGCACCCUCCCUCCCUCCCUCCCCCCAUCCCAUAAACCCCUCCUUGGCUAGCUCUAUAAAGGUGCACUCGACCCUGCUGGGCUCCUCUAGACACCCUCAAUUGCUUCCCCUUGGGGGAAUUACCAAAAAAAAAAUACAGAAGACGAUGAAAAAGAAGAGGAGAUAAUUAUAUAAAAAUAAUGAGACAGAAAAAAAAGUCGACUUCAGCUCAUAGUGCAGUGAGGUGCGACGAUAGCCUCUGUGCUUGCCCUGGUGCAGUUUUCCCUCAUGACCACUAGGGGGUGCACAGUCUGCAGGCCAUCUCUGGGUAAAGCACAACUAGCCCUUGUUUAUGAUGUAAUUGAUGUAACUGACUGGUUUUUCGUAUAUACGUAUAUAUAUAUAUAUAUAUAUCUUGUACAUUUUUUUUUUACCUUGUAAAUUCUCUGUAGAAAACGUAUACAAAUUUGCUGAAAUUUACAAUUCUUACAAUUUACACCAGCAAGUGACUUUAUAAAGCCAAACUGAGUGAUCCUUUUUAAAAUAAUAUUAAUUAUUAUUUUAUUUUAUUUUUAGUACCCAUAAUUCUCAUACUAGCAGUAAGUGGUGACAUUGGUAGACCUCACCUCAUGGCCCCCGAGUUUAGACCGUGGUACUAAUGCCAAAGCAGUUGAUUUCACACAAAUCAAUAAUCUAAUCUCCAUCUAGCAUCUAGCGUUUCCGUUUUUGGGAUAGAUGGUUAGCACCGACUCAGCUUGCCGGCAAACACUCCGUCUCUUGUGCCAUUGAGUUAGUCAAAUGAAUAUUUGGCAGAUCCAGUCGCCGAUCUUUUGUUUGGUACAGACACAGAGUUGCUCGGAGGCAACUGGGUUAUUAGGCCUCAGCUUCCUCUGAUUUCUUACUUUUCCUUUCUUUGGAGUCAAACUCCCCAGUUAAUGAAAUAACAUCGGACUACAGCUUUGUGGUAGCUGAUUUCUGUGUACCUUUUUCUUUUUUUUCUCUCUUUUGCGUUCUUCUAUUUAAUGAAUUUUUUCUCGGACAAGGAGAGGAAAUAAGCGCGAGGUUACAAACUCCCCCCACGGCAGGCUAUGUUAGUUCAACAUCCUGCGCUCUCUUUCUUUUUACUCUUUUUGUGUGCGUGUUCUGUUUUUUUUUUCCCUUCCCAGCCACAGUUCACUAGGGUGACUUUGGCCUCCUAAAUUACCUUCAGAGCUACUGGCUGCAGUGCCGAACUGAAUUCUGUUUAAGUUGUUUUUCGAGAGCAGAGCCUGAGACCGAAGUACAUUGGUUGGUCAUUUUUCGUGACCGAGCGAGACCAGUGUUGUCUUUCCAUCGUUGCGUGGGAGUGGGGAGUAGGAUUUUG